AUAAAUAUUGAAGUGAGAUAGUAAGAAGUAUCGAGUAGCUAGUUAAGGAAGAAGGGGACGGGUGACAAUUUGCUCGGCUGGGCCUUUCCUUGCAUGACUGACACCCAUGACGUCUCUCUUCUGUUCACUCUGCUCCGCUAAAACCAUAACACCGACCUCUCAUUCCUCCUUUCUCUAAACCUUACUACUAUUUCUCAACAACAAUGCUUUCACUUUUUUCUCAACCUUUUCCUCCUUCUUCUUCUUCUUCUACAUUACCCCGCACCACCACCUUCAAACUCAAACCUUUCACUGUUUUUUCUUCUUCUUCUUCUUCUCCUUCUCAACCUUUCCCUCCUUUUCUUCCUAAACAAAUUCACACUAUCAAGGAUCCUUUUGCUAGAAAAUUUGCAAUGCGGAUUCAAAGAUUACCCGUCCCUGUUAGCUUUGCAGAAAACCCAAUCAUGAGCAGUUGUGUGAAGCCGUUGGUGCAGAGCAAGGAGCCGCCGGUUGUUCUUCUACACGGUUUCGAUAGUUCGUGUUUAGAAUGGAGAUAUGGAUACCCAUUGCUUGAAGAAUCUGGUUUCGAGACCUGGGCAGUCGAUAUUCUUGGUUGGGGUUUCUCUGAUUUAGAAAAUCUUCCUCCUUGUGACGUGGUAUCAAAGCGCAAUCACUUUUACCAGUUUUGGAAGUCCUACAUCAGAAGGCCAAUGAUAUUAGUUGGACCAAGCCUCGGCUCUGCUGUUGCAAUUGAUUUUGCAGUUAAUUAUCCAGAAGCUGUGGAAAAACUUAUUUUGAUUGAUGCUAGUGUAUAUGCAGAGGGAACUGGAAACUUAGCAACCUUGCCUAGAUCGGUAGCCUAUGCUGGGGUAUAUUUAUUGAAGAGCCUUCCGUUGCGCUUAUAUGCCAACUAUUUGACCUUCACUAACAUGCCCUUACACACCAUCCUUGAUGGGACUAAUGUGGGCCGUUUACAUUGCUUAUUGCCUUGGUGGGAUGAUGCUACUGUUGAUUUUAUGACUAGUGGCGGUUACAAAAUUGCUUCCCUCAUAAGAAAGGUAAAGCAGAAAACACUGAUAAUAUGGGGUGAAAAUGACCGUAUAGUCAGCAAUAAGCUUGCAGUGCAACUACACUGUGAAUUACCUGAUGCAGUUCUACGUCAAAUACCCGAUUGUGGGCAUAUUCCUCAUUUGGAAAGACCUGAUUCAGCUAUAAAAUUAAUUGUUGAAUUUAUUCAAACAGAGAAAAAGAAAUUAAGUAAACUUGUUUCACAAGUAAGCCAAGUGAGUUAACUUUUUGCGACCCAGCAGGCAGAAGAGCUAAACAAGUUUUCGGAAUGCUCCUUCCCUAACUAGAGUUUUAGAGGAAAAAGCAAUAUGUGCUGCAGAAGCUUAUUAUUCAUAAGUAGAAGUCUUUCUCAUAUUAUAUAUAUAGUUUAUUUUGAGUGUUAAUGUCUUAGUUAUUGAAUUAUGUUUUCAGUGAAUAAGUAUUCUUCAAUGUUAUCUUUCUAAGUAGUAGUAUAGCACAGUGUAAUUAUUUUAUAAUGUAGCAAACUUCAACUAUGGUGACAUAAGACCAUGUGAUUUUACCAUUAUAUGUUGAAUAUAAAAUUGAGAUGCAUUUGGAAUAAA